AUGGCGUGGAGGGGAUGUUUUCUAAGAUGGGUAAAAGAGGACAUAAUUAGCUCCACUGCCAGAGGAAACAGGUUUAUACUUUAUACACAGCAGAAAUGUGGUUUUCGAAAAGCUGCCAAGAAGGCAGAGCCAAAGAAGGGGACAUGGGAGGGGGCGGGGCAUUCGCAAGCAGAACAGAGUGACAUCAUCAGUCAGAGGAAGGUUGUGACCCCCCAGCCUGAGCCCCCGGCACCUCACACCCCUCCCAGAGCCUUUGGCAGGCUGGUCAAGCCACUGGUCUUUACUGUAGGGUUUACAGGCUGCUCGUUUGGUGCGGCGGCCAUCUGGCAGUACGAGUCCCUGAAGUCUCGUGUCCAGAGCUACUUUGACGAGAUUCGCGCAGAUUGGCUAGAGAAACUCCGUCCACAGAAACAAGGCGACUUCCGCAAACAGAUAAAUCAGUGGUGGAACAGUUUGACUGAAGGCCAGCGGACAGUCGCAGGCAUAAUUGGGGUGAAUGUGUUGGUGUUUUGUUGUUGGAGAGUUCCUUCUCUGCAGCGCUCCAUGGUCACUUACUUCACCUCUAAUCCCGCCUCCAAGGCUCUGUGCUGGCCCAUGGUCCUGUCUGCGUUCAGUCAUUACUCUCUCUUCCACAUGGCUGCCAACAUGUACGUCCUGUGGAGUUUCUCCUCCUCCAUCGUCUCCAUGCUCGGCAGAGAGCAGUUUGUGGCUGUCUACCUCUCCGCAGGUGUAAUCUCCACCUUUGCGAGUUACCUGUGGAAAACUACAACUGGCCGUUUGGGCCCCUCUCUGGGAGCAUCAGGGGCUAUAAUGAGUGUGUUGGCGGCUGUCUGUACGAAGAUGCCUGAAGCCAAACUGGCUGUCAUCUUCUUGCCCAUGUACACCUUCACUGCUGGAAAUGCGCUGAAAGCCAUCGUUGCCAUGGAUACGGCAGGGCUGGUGCUGGGAUGGCGUCUGUUUGACCACGCGGCUCAUUUAGGAGGAGCUCUGUUCGGCAUCUGGUAUGUGUGGUAUGGUCAUGAGCUGAUCUGGCAGAAGAGGGAGCCGCUGGUGAAGGUUUGGCAUGAGUUCAGGACCAGGAGGCCGGGGGGCGGCGGGGGGGAUGGCUCACUGUAGAGCACAGCAUUGUGGGUAGAGUCAUGUGGUGGAAUUGGUUGAGCUGACAGUAUGUGGCUGUAUGAUGUCAUCUGGUCACGGUCGGCAUGGAAACACUGCAGAGUCAUCAGUCAGAAACACACUGACCUCAGAACAGCUCAGCGUGUCCAAAACCACCUUACUACUGCUAAGACUCUUUCCCCAGAUCAGGCUCUAAAUCUGUUAACACAGUGACUUUAUCUGUGUACAGGAAGAGACGUUUGUCCUAGUCUGAC